AUGACGAGAAUUACCCCUCGAACUUGUCUUUAUCCUCUUACAGGCAGCCUUCUGCUCACCUUUGCUCUCUCAAUCGGUCUGUCAUUUCGAUCGAAUCAUCAUUGCUAUGCUGGUACCUGCGGUGAAUGGCUUUUCCCUCUCCAGGCACGAUUACAUGUGGUGGUCUGGUAUUCCUGGAUUUUGGUAUCCGUGGUGUUCUUCGCCGUUCGCGCCUUUCACCCCGGGCUGCGUCGUUUUAUCCAGCGACGGGUGUUCAAGUUCAAGCUUCCCCUGGUGGGUGAACAGUUGGCUAUCAGCACGUUAGUUGGAUUUAUCUGGAUUGUCAGCUUAUAUGGCAUCAUCGUAGGUGUCUGGUGGAUUCGCCUGCGAGACUAUUUCCUGGACAGGGGUCACAAGGGUGGGAUUCUGGAGGGAAACCACCGUCUCGCUGCGAUUGCAUUGACUGGUCACCUAUGCGAUGUCACGAUGGGAAUGGUCCUCAUCCCCGUCUCCCGGCAUAGCGCGCUUGCGUCCUUCUUCAAAUUAUCCGUCUCAACAACACUCACCUUUCAUAUGCUGAUGGCUUAUACUCUCUUUACUCUUGUUAUCAUCCACGGAUUAAUAUAUGUAUCCUGGGUACCAGUUUUCAACUCUCUCUCAGAGAGGCUUCGGGAGGUAUUUCCUGUCUUAAACCCAACUUACUUAUACCACGAGACUUGGCCGGGUAACUCGUCGGCUUUAGGUGUGUGGCGAGCCUCUCUUAUAUUUACCGGUAUCUUCUCCACCACGAUCAUGGGCCUCAUAUUCGUCACUACGCUGCCGAAGAUUCGAUCGAAACAUUUUAAUCUCUUUUACUUUACCCAUCUCCUGAGCAUCGUGGCUGUCAUCAUCAUCUGUUUGCACGCGAGUACAAUCUUUUACUGUAUGGCUCCAGGGUUAGCCAUGUGGAUACUCGACUGGGGUAUGCGACUGUACGAACUGAGAGAAUUUGUGCAAGGCAAGGUGAUCCAUCUAGGGAAUGGAUGCAUCGAGCUGCCACUUCCUCGACGCCGACUCGACGGGUGUGCCUGCAACUCACCGCUUGCGCAUUUCUAUAUUCGUCACGCAGAAUCCUCCUUCUGGGAGCUCCAUCCUUUCACCACUAUUACUCCUCUUGCUUCCGAAAGCAAAAUCACUUCCGCGUCCGAAGAGGAUAUUCCAAUCCAAUUCAUUUUCCGUAAGCGUGGUGGGUCCGGCAGCAUCUCUCAGGCCCAGGCUAGGAAAGUUAUCUUGCCGAAGUGGUUCAACUUCUUUCGCAACCCCGUGAAGCCAACUUUUCAGUGGACAAACAAGCUGGCUAGUAUCGCCGAUGGAAGCAAAACAUUAUUGGGAUCUAGAGAUAACAGCAGUAUCUAUCAACCAACUGGCACGCCUUCUAUUGAGCUUCACGGCAAAAUUGAAUCAUCUACUUGUUCCUCACAAAACGUGGACAUUCCGUUACGUCUCGAAGGGCCAUAUUUUACAGUGGCAGACCCCUCAAGGUAUAAGACUGUCAUAUGCAUUGUCGCUGGUACAGGAGUAAGUGGGGCUAUAGCCAUAGCACGCGCCUUUCUUGAGCAGAAGAGACAGCAAAUGGCAGCCCUUGAAAUUGGCAGUGAAUGGGAAGCCAAUGGCAAACUGGCAAAUACGUCUACCUGGGAGAGAUGUGUGAUUAUCUGGAGCGUUAGGACAGAGGAUUAUAUCAAUCUACCCUAUAUGGAAGGUGAACAACCAAUUUCCAUGGCUCAUCGUAUUGAAUUACACUGA